UUUGGAUGCAACGUAGAGAGAUUAGCGAGACAUUGGGUGGAUCGUGCAAUUCAUUUCUGUUUUGUCAACUUGCAAUUCAUUUUUCAUGGAAUCAAAUUAUGGCGACAUUACUCAAUAUAUUACACAAAAACUAAUAAACUAUGUCUUCUGGCUUCAAAUAGAAUAAAUAAAAGUCAUUGAGUUUGCCCUAUAAAUGACCCUAUGCUUUCAAGUAGUUAGCUACAAGCUCAUCAAUCUCUGCUGUCUGCUCUAUUGAAAGAAGAAGAAGCAAACACAAAACAGCAACAAAGAAAAAUGGCAAAGCUCAUCAUUAACUUCUUUGCACUCUUGAUGAUCGUCUUGUUGGUUUCUCAUGGACUCCCGAAGGCUGAAGCCCAAACAUGCUUAAAAGGUGAAGCUCAGAAGGGUGUAUGUGUUGAACUUGACGGCGCUACAUUGUGUGAUCUUCUUUGCAAGGCAAGCAACACAACUUGGUUUGGGAAAUGUGAAGUGGAAGACAAGGAAACGCACUGUCACUGCUACGGACCUUGUUAAAUACAAAUCUGAAAGGUGAAUAAUUGUGCAUCAGUACCGAUGUGUGUGCUUUGCUUAUGAUCAAUGUCACAUAUCUAAAUGUGUGUUCCAUGUUUGUGUGUUUUAUUUUAUGGCUUUCAAUAAAUUUGCAUCAGCACCGUAUUGAUGCUCAAUCAUUGUAAGAUUGAAUCUGUAUUUUAUGUUUGCUUUUGGUGUUGCAUUACGCCUA